AUGGCAGAAAUAAAUAAAGAUGUAUUGAAAACUAUGGAAAUUUUCGAUAACAUGAAAUAUGGUGAUGUGCGUCGUAAAAUAAUGAAUGGGAUCUUGUCAGUUGAUACCACAGUCAAAAUAAGCAGUAAAUAUCAUAACUUACUUCACGAAAUUAGUGACGAACUUAUUAAUUAUGGCAAUGGUCAUCAGCGGGAAGAUGAACAUGAUUACGAAAUUACGAUUCUUUACCUUGCGUUUUAUUUCGAUGACGAAGAGUUUUUUGAUUAUCUUAUUAAAAAUAACGCCAAUAUUUCAAUGACAACAAAAAAUUUUGGUCACAUUAUGACAUAUGCUAUUAAAUUUAAAAAACUAAAAUACGUUGUGAAAUUAAUCGACUCGGGGAUGGAUGCUAGUCAAAGUUUACGUGUGCUCGAAAGAAAAGAAAUAUAUCCAUCAUAUACACUAUUACAACAAGCUGUUUUAUGUAAUUCGUGUGAGAUUGUUGAGUUUCUUAUCAGUCGCGGUGCUUCCAUUGACAUCAAUAAUUUUGAAUAUCCUCGACCAGUACUAAACAUUGCUGCGUACAACGGUAGUGCUGAAGUAAUGGAUUUACUUCUUAAUAAAUAUGGCUGUGACAUUAAUAAAAUUAAUUUUUUUGAAGUAGCAUUCGAAACACCUUUAGAAAGCGCGUUAAAAAAAGAAUCUAAUGAAAAAACUGUUAAAAUUUUACUUAAUCAUCCCACAAUCGAAAUCAACCAAACAAAUUCGAUAGGGCAAUCUUAUCUUCAUGUUAUAAUGGCACUACCCAUGAGUGAAUCAUAUGCUAAACUUGUACUGGAAGCCGGUUGUGAUGUUAAUUUAAUGGAUAAGAAUGGAAAAUUGGUAAUUGAUUAUCCUUAUGAGUAUGUUCGUUUACCAGGUAAUCUUCAUCUGUUUUAUCAGUAUUACGACAGUAGUAUGUUAAUUGUGAAACACCAUAUUGUUAAACUGAUAGUUGCUGGUUUCGAUGUUUGUGACAAAAACAUUGAGGCAGUCAAAGGCAAAGAAUUUAAGAAAAUACGAUUUACGUAUUAUGAUUUACUACAUAAACCACAACAUGAACUGGCUUUGAAAUUGAAAUCCAUUGACGAUAAUGUCAAUAUUAAUGAAGAAACGGUUGAAUCUAAUUUUCCAUUGUAUGGGGGAAUGAUUAAUUAUCGUUUGCUUGGACAUAAAUCACAACACAAACUGGGUUUGAGAUUGAAAUCCAUUGACGAUAAUGUCAAUUUUAAUGAAGAAAUGGUUAAAUCUAAGUUUCCGUUGUACGGGGGGAUGAUUAAUAAUCGUUUGGCAAGAGCAUUAUAA